AUUAGUAACUCCUGAAGACGUCGAAUCGGGCCGUGUGUGGAUGGAAGGAAUGCAACGAUGGAAAGAAGAGUAUCUUGAGUUCAAGGGUAUAUUACUUGAGAAAAUUUCAUCACUCUUUGGAAAGAGAUAAUACUGGUUCAAAAUGAGUACGCAUGGAAGUUAUUUUGAGUAGCCAGAGUAUCUACAAAAUUUAUUAAUUUACAAAAUUUAUUUAGCAACAUUGGUAACGAUGGCAGUGGUUGAUCACUAUGCGAUAAAUAUUUCAUGACAAAGAAGGUUGUUUGGAAAUGUAUUUAUAAGAAUUUCGCAUAUGUCCAAUGGAGUUGAAAAAAUGUUUGUAAUCUGUUUGGAAUUUUAUAAAGUAAUAUUGCUGGCAAAGUUUACAUUAUGUCUUGUGUGUAUUUGUCUGUUGGAACUUUUUUGCAAUUUUGUCAUUAACGUAGUGGAGAAUUUCACCAACUGACUAUCUGCUUUAUGUUAUUUAAGUAAUGUUUACAUAUGCAUUUCAAGUCGCUUUGUUUAAAGGCUUUGUUUGUUUGACUAUACUCCGUUGAAGCAAAAUUAACUUAGGUCCGGAUUUGACUUCAGUCUUUUCUUAACGGAAAUAAAAUUUCACUAAUAAUGUAAAAACCUCAUGUAAGCAGACAAAACUCUGAGGAAGUAAGUGUAGUUAAAUGGUUGAUUUAACAUUGGGUUCGGCUCAAAAUUUUUCCUCACUUUGGCAAAGUAAAACCUUAUUAGCAGUAAUUCACAUGAGUUUAAAAUUUGUUUUAUGUUAGAUGUAAUAGCAUUUUAUAGAAUACAUUGUAAUAAAAAAAUGAGAUUAUAUGAAGGAUAAUAGAUAAAAGUGAUUUAUAAUUUUUUUUAUAUACUGCAGGCAAAUAAUUUUGGACUGACAAUAUCAAUCCUUUUAUUGGGCCACCAAAUUGUUAGGAAUAUUAUUUUUUAUCAUUAGAUUAGAUAUACACAUUAAAGGUGUACACCAUAUUUCUACAAAGCAUUUUCAAUUGUUUGCAAUGUUGGAAUUUCAAGAUGGCUGAACAGCUGUUGUCUCAGUUGCUUAAUGGUGAAAUUAAUCAUGAUGUAAUUUUGGAUGCAAUAACAAGAAACAUCUCAAUUUCUUCUCGGAAGACAUGUGUUGCACUUUCUGACUUCAUUCCACACUUUCUGUCGUAUAUUCGGGAACAAUUAACCCCUGCAGUAGAUCCUCGAUCAUUAUACUAUUCACCUCGUCAAAUUAAAGAACGGAAAGACAGAAUACAAAAGAAGAAAGAAACAAAUAAUAAGAAAACUGCAAGGAUUAGUCUAAAAUAUGCCAGCUCUCCAUCGCAGAAAUGUUUACCAGAUGCUACAAACAACGAUAUAAAUGGCAUUUCACCCAUAAAAACAACUAAGGUGGUUAAAACAACACGUAUUACAUCACCUGCUAUAAUUUCGACUCCAAAAUUUGAAUUGAGUAGUUUCGAAGACUUUCCUUCAAUGACAGGGACACCUCCUUCAAAGAAUCCUCGCAGAAUUACUGCUACUCCUGUUAGUGUGGGCGAUGCAUCUCUACAUGUUAGUAAAAACGAAAUUUCUGAUAAUGUAUUUCUGUUAGAGGAAUCCAGUUUUGAAGCACAAAAUGCUGAUUGUACCUUGAAUCAGCUAUUUUUUGACGAUAAAAGAUUUACAAAGAAGCAGAUAAACGAUUUAAAUGUUUCAGCUUCGUACGAACGUAAAAUAAAUGGAUUUGAUAACAGUUUAACGAAUGAUGUUAUGUCAAAUAUAAAAACUCCUACAAAACGUCAUGAAGAAAUGGAGGUGAAAGAUCGAGUACUUCUUAACAUCCUUGUUGAUAUAUAUUCGUGCAUUUGUUUACACAAUCAUAUUUCAAAUCAUACGCUGGAACUAUAUUUUUUAUUCACAACCUUAACUUGUCCCAGUGAUCGGCAGUAUAAAGAUCAAGCUUCGCCAUUUUUAAAUGUGGAAUGUUGUAUUUAUUUUGCCGCCAAAUGUUUAGAAAAUUUUUUUCACAUGUUAGUCUUACUUGAUAUUAAAUCAAUGCAGCUGUUACAUGAUAACAUAAGGCUGAGGAAAUAUGUAAACAGUUUGUGUUUUGAGCAAUUGCACCAUGCCAUAACAGAUGACUUGAACAUUAGCAAGAAAGAAUCUUUGGUAGUAAAAUCGCCAAUGACUGGAAUCCCUUUCCAAGUUGAAUCUGAUAAUCGUAAAAGCUUUCUUUCAGAUCGACAUUUUUAUUCGUUUUCAAAGAAACGAGAUGCGUUUUAUGCGUUAGUUCGAGAAUGGCAGGAAAAGAAUUUAGACUCUGAUUGGAACGUGAAAAGCUUUAUGUUGUUAAAAGUACCUGAAUUAAUGAAGUGUAACGACGAAAUUUAUAAUCACUAUCCUUUUGCUCGAUUAUUUGUUGCCCAGUUACUUGAAAUGUGCCGAAAUAGUGUGGGUAGUCAAGGAGGUGAACCAAACACGUCUGAUAGUGUUUUGGUGGAGCUCAAAAAAUGCAAUCCAACGAAAUUUCAAAGUUUGCAUGAACGAUUGACCAGACCAUCAGCGAGUCAUGAUUUGUGUCCCAAGCCAAGUUUUUCAAAGGUGGAGGAGUUUUUUAAAGAGUUUAUCUCCAUCGCAGAUGGUUAUUGUUUUAGCAGAUUUCUUCUGCAUGUUUUGUUGUCAUAUAUUACUGAUAUAAAUUCAAACUCAUUUGGUCUGGACGGUCAAAUUAACAACAAAUUGAAUAAGUCGGAUUUUGCUGAAAGUCUAUGGCAAGAUAUUAAGUUAGCCAUAGCAGAGUUGAGGCUGUUGUCAAAAUUUCUAAGUUAUGUUGUGUUUCUACCAUACAACUCGGCAAGAAACGAGGAAGCCCUGUUGAAAAGCCGUCAUCUUGUUUCUGAACCACUGGAUAUAUAUGCACAUUUGCGCGCGUCAUUUGUUAAAAAGAGAUUACUCAUCACGGUACCGUGGGUUGUUGACUUUUUUAGCAUGGCUGAUACUCAAGCCUUUGAACUCUAUGAAUAUAAGAGAUCGCUAAACUUUCUUGUGUUUUUACUUAAAGAACUCAAAAUCGCUCGAGAUGGCUUUUCUUUGCUGGAGUUUUCACUGAUCCUACACAUUGGUUGGUUGCUUGAACUUCCGCACAUUCAAAACAUGAACUUCUUCUUAGAGAGUGAGACUAUUGAAACGAAAGAAAUUGGAAUUGAUGACAUCGUUAGCGUAGAUAAACAGUUUUUAUACACUCUAUGCCCAUACCUCAGUGACAUUAAAAAACCCUUGCUGGAAUUUUCUAAAGGCACUGGAGCAAGUCCGUCUGGUUCAUUCCGUAAAAUAACACCAGUAAGGGCAAGUGACGCAUUUUCAGUUGACGUGAAAAGCAAUUUGAAGAUUCAGCUGCUGGAUAAUUUUAUGAAAUAUCUUCCGACUCAUGUAAAGGAUUGCAUGAAAUUUGUGACAGAAAGACAUUUCAUGAAUAUCAAGCAUCAUAUUUCUUCUGGUGUGAUAACGUCACAAUUUGGAAGUGUUAUCGAGAAAGUUAAAGAAGGCUUCAAAACAUGUGAAGAUGAGGAUGAAGUAACACCUGAAAAAUUAAAAUCUCUUAACCACACUGUUUACAUCAAAUGCACAGAACAAGGUCGAAAAGAAGUCGAAACUGAAAGUCAAAUAUACCUUCAAAGUUAUCUCGACGAGAAAGUAAUUGCAAGUCUGGAAACGUUGCUACCAGAAUCUACAAAUUCAAAGAUCUUAGAAGUUUCGUCCAAAGUUGUGAAGCACAACAUUCGAUUAAAAGUUCAAGAAUGGAUGACAGCCAACAAAGAGUUGUAUAUAGGUGGAAUAGAAGCUGCUUAUAACCGUUUCGUUAUGAAUAUUAUAAAAACUUCAAAGAAAGAGAAAUCAGUUAUAUAAUAUGUAAUUAGAGAAUUUAUUUAUACUAUAUUAACUAAUUUUAAUUCGAAUUAUUACCGAAUAUAAUA